CCUUGGGUCUAGCUCAAACUAAACAGGAUCCUAACUCAGCAUCUCCAGCUGCUAUAGCCAUGAGCUGCCGUCUUCAGACCUCUUCUUCCGUUUAUGGAGGUGGUUUUGGUGGGGGCUCUUGCCAACUGGGAGGAGGUCGGGGUGUGUCUGGCUGCUCCUCUAGGUUUGUGUCCUCUGGGUCCAUGGGGGGCUAUGGUGGUGGGAUGAGCUGUGGCUUUGGUGGAGGAGCCAGCAGUGGCUUUGGUGGGGGCUUUGGUGGUGGUGUUGGAGGUGGAUAUGGGGGAGGCUUUGGGGGAAGCUUUGGAGGUGCCUUUGGUGGCGGCUUUGAUCUGGCUAGUGGAGAUGGUGGCCUCUUGACUGGCAAUGAGAAAAUCACCAUGCAGAACCUCAACGACCGCCUGGCCUCCUACCUGGACAAGGUGCGGGCUCUGGAGGAAGCCAAUGCCGACCUGGAGGUCAAGAUCCGGGACUGGCAUCUGAAGCAGAGUCCCGCCAGCCCUGAGAGGGAUUACAGCCCCUACUUCAAGACCAUCGAGGAACUCCGGGAAAAGAUCCAGGCAGCCACCAUUGACAACUCUCGGGUUGUUCUGGAGAUUGACAAUGCCAGGCUGGCUGCUGAUGACUUCAGGCUCAAGUAUGAGAAUGAACUGAGCCUGCGCCAGAGUGUGGAGGCUGACAUCAAUGGCCUGCGCAGGGUGCUGGAUGAGUUGACCCUCUCCAAGGCAGACCUGGAGAUGCAGAUUGAGAGCCUGACUGAGGAGUUGGCCUUCCUCAAGAAGAACCAUGAAGAGGAAAUGAAGGAAUUUAGUAACCAGGUGGUGGGCCAGGUCAACGUGGAGAUGGACGCUACCCCUGGCAUUGACCUGACCCGUACACUGGCUGAAAUGAGAGAGCAGUACGAAGCUCUGGCAGAGAAGAACCGCCGGGAUGCUGAGGCGUGGUUCCAGCAGAAGAGCGAAGAGCUGAACAAGGAAGUCACCACCAGCACUGAAAUGAUCCAGACCAGCAAGACCGAGAUCACGGAGCUGAGACGCACGCUCCAGGGGCUGGAGAUCGAGCUGCAGUCCCAGCUAAGCAUGAAAGCCGGGCUGGAGGCUACCGUGGCAGAGACGGAGUGUCGCUACGCCAUGCAGCUGCAGCAGAUCCAGGGGCUGAUCGGCAGUAUCGAGGCUCAGCUGAGCGAGCUCCGUAGCGAGAUGGAAUGCCAGAACCAGGAGUACAAGAUGCUGCUGGACAUCAAGACACGGCUGGAGCAGGAGAUUGCCACAUACCGCAGCCUGCUGGAGGGCCAGGACGCCAAGAUGACUGGCUUCCCCACCUCUGGAACAGGUUCUGGCAUCAGCAGUGGUACUAACAUUUCUUCUGGGAACCGCCGGACUUCCGAGACCCGAAAGCCAUAAAUCAACUCAGUCUUUGAUCCCUUCCUCUCUCCAUCAGUCAUCACACAGUAGAGGUCAAGAGGAAUGAAAAAUCAUAAGCUUCUGAUGAGCCAGCACCUGCUCAGCCCACCCCACUCCCUCUGUACUCUGUCCCCGGUCACUCACCUGAAGAGGGCUAAAGAUGAAGGCUCUUUUCUCUUAUUCAGAAGCUUCUCCAUCUCACUGUGAUGUUUCCUUAAAGGAAAGAGGAGGAUAUUCUUCUAUUUCUCUCUGUCUCUCACGUCUCAUGCUCUCACAAAAUGAAAGUAUUUCAAUAAAGGUUUCCCUGCUGUUUCUGCAAACGAA